CGCGAGUCGUGCCCCGUCGGCGCGGUCGUCGACGUCGUCGAGAAGGAGGCGCAACGGACGGGCGAACUGACACGCGGCGUCGUCGCGCGGCACCUGACGAACAAGCCCUUCCAUCCGCGAGGCAUCAAGGUGCUCCUCGCGCAGUCCGUCGUCGGCCGCGUCUUCGACGUCGUCGAC